AUGUCGCCUGUACGGCGACAACGGAGUGCAAAGGGUUAAAUUAAAUUUGAGCUCAAGCAUGAUUUUCUCAUUAUGUUUUAAAAAUUAUUUCCUUCAAAUGUCGAAAUAUAUAAUACAAUAUACAUGUAAAAAGUUACGGAUUUAUUUUAGUAAGAGGUGAUUUUUGGCCCACCCUGUAUGUAAGGAGGAAACACCGAGCGACAGCUAUCCUGACUUUGCGGCAGAUGUAGAAAAUUAUAAAACCAUCACACGCAAGACCAUAUAAUAUAAAUUAUAAAUUACAAAUUGCAAGUCCAUUAUUAGCUGUGUAAAACGAGUUGUACAGCAAACUCGAACUGUGUGUGUGGUUUUAUAAUGAAAGGGAAUAUCAGGCAACGCACGAGGCGAAUUUCAUCGCGCAACACCAAGUUCCAGCUGCAAUUCCUUCGCACGUAGAUUUUUAAAUUCGGCAUGCUUUAUAAAAUUCUCAAUCACUAAUCGUACGAGUGUUGCACUUCUGUAUCAUUGUAUAUAUUAAAUAAUUAUAUCUGGUGAAAGGUCCUUCAUGCAGAGUGAGACCCUGGCCCAAAUGCGACAUGGCGGAGUACUUUAUGGACAAGUGGCAAGCGUACUACGAACACUUGGAUACAAUACCACCCACUUCAUUUUGUGGAUUGAAAGAGGAAUGGCUCGCGAGUCUCGAGAAGGGGCGAAGGAAAAUUGAAAGAAAAGAUAGAUGA